UACAUCACCACUUUCCGUUAGGUUUUACUUAGAUCCCCUCGUACUCUCCGCUUGCCAUUCUCAGCCUCUCUCGAAGCCGGAAGCCCCACCUCCCGGUCGAACCUCACCAUUUUCUCGGGUUAAAGAUGGCAACUGUGACUCUUACCUCCCCUUGCGUUGUCAAAUCUGCAACUCGAAGCCAGUUUACAAGCGCCAUUUUCAAGAGGCCCACAUCUCUGGGAUCUCUUAAGAGUAUGUCCAAGUCUUCCGGCUUGAAAUGUUCCUCCAAUUUCAGAGCAUCAAUGUCAGUGUACAAGGUUAAGCUGGUUGGACCAAAUGGUGAAGAGUAUGAGUUUGAGGCCCCUGAUGACAAAUACAUCCUGGACGCAGCUGAGGAAGCAGGAGUUGAGCUGCCUUAUUCUUGCAGGGCAGGAGCAUGCUCUACUUGUGCUGGGAAAAUGGCUUCAGGUUCAGUGGACCAGUCCGACGGUUCCUUCCUCGAUGAUAACCAAAUGAAGGAGGGUUAUCUUCUGACCUGUGUUUCAUACCCAACUUCAGACUGUGUGAUUCACACUCACAAGGAAGGUGAUCUUUACUGAGUCUUUCAGUGGUCAGAAUUAAGUUAGGUGCUCCAGUUAUUUGUCAAGGUUUUUUGCCAGCAUAAUAUGAAACUUGUGGACUGUAGGUCAAGUGCUCUCCUGGACCUCUUGUUUUCUAGUGUUAUUAUCAUGUUCUUUGGAGAAUGAUUUCUCAGACUCGGAUUUUAAAGAUGGUUCUGGAAUGGUGCUUUCAUGUAUUGCAUCUUUCAUCUUAAAUACGUGAAACAUGGUUCUGCAAAAGUGUGACGUAAUAGCAUAAAAGAUAAUUUAAGCC